AUGGCUUUUAUGGAUGUAUAUGGCUUCUUGGUGGUGUUUAAAAUUGAAAGACCUAAGAGAGCCAAAUCGGUCAGUCACAUUUUCUUAAAAGGUGUAGUCAAAAGCGGUCGAAAGCAUCAUAAGAGGAAACAACCAGCUCGUGUUGGUGGAGAAGAAAUCCGCUGCGAGGUCCACAUCCUUGAUCUCUUAGCUAACGCCUACGUUGUUUAG